GAAUAAAUGGUGUCAAGCACGGAAUGUCCUGUUUGCGGAGUUGCUGCCUCACAAGCGUGCACUAGGUGCAAAAUGGUGCGAUACUGCGACCGAGAGCACCAGAAGCAGCACUGGCCGCAGCACAAGCGCAGAUGUAGGCCAUUCAGCGAGGAGCAGGAUGCCGAGCUGGGCAGAUAUUUGAAGGUUACCCAGAACAUAGCAGCCGGGCAAAUAGUCUUCAUUGAGGAGCCCCUAGUGGUGGGUCCCAAGUGGUAUCUCUCCGACGCAGACAAGGAGGCCUCUAACGUUCCGUGUGUAGGCUGUUACACUCCGUGCCGUCUGGGGAAGCACCAGUGUCGAAGAUGCCGUUGGCCAGUCUGCAGCGCAGGCUGCAAGCACGAGUCAAUGGAAUGCAGCGUGCUUAGCCUCGGAUCGGGUUCACCAACUCGGGCAGAUGCCCGCUCAUUGAACGACUACUUCAGGGGCGAUGCUCUUUUGGUGCUCAAAUGCCUUCUGUUGCAGCGACAGAGUCCCACGAAAUGGUCCGCGUUGUUAGAGAUGCAGUCUCAUGAGGAGGAGCGUAAGGGCACCGAUCUGUACGAGGAAGCAGAGAAGCGAGUAGUGACCUACCUUCAAAAGCGGUUUUUAUGUAGACUUAAGCAAACUAAUCCAAACCUUCUGACCGAUUGUGGACCAGAGAUGCUGCAUCGGCUUUGCGGCAUCAUCGAAACAAACUUUAUGGUUAUCGAACUCCCGAGUGGCGUGGAACUCAGCGGGUUGUUCCGGCAGGCCUGCAUGAUGGAGCAUGCUUGUCAGCCCAACUGCGACUUUCAGUUUGAUAACAAGACUCAGCAAGUUGCUGUGCGUGCUGGCUGUGACUUGCGAAAAGGCGACCACCUACGGAUUACAUACACAAAUAUCCUAUGGGGCACGCAACUUCGCCAGCACCAUCUUCGACUAACGAAGCAUUUCAGCUGCCGCUGCAGCCGCUGUCUCGAUCCAACGGAAUAUGGCACCUAUAUAAGUGCGCUGACUUGUCUGGGGGAUGUAAAUCAGACCUGUGGAGGAACCCACUUGCCCGUGGAUCCACUGGACGAGAACACACAGUGGAAGUGCGACACUUGCCCAAUGAUAGUGGAUGGAGCUUACGUGGCUGAACUGCAGUCCCACAUGACCGAGCAGGUGGAGGGCUUAUUAGCCGGAUGCCCCUCCGCGAAUCAGGUGGAACUUCUGUUGGCCCGCCUGACCCAUAUGUUGCAUCCAAAUCAUUUUCACACGUUCAACCUAAAGCACACAUUAAUCCAGCUGUAUGGUAACGAAGCUGGCUUGGAGUUGGGCGUGCUGAGCAACACGCAGCUGGAGCGCAAACUGAGGCUCUGCGGUGAGCUCUACAACGUAUGCCGGCGACUGGAUCCAUAUAGCAUUAAGCUGGCUAUCUAUGUCACGGUCAUCCUGAUCGAGGUCGCCCACACGCUGCAGGAGCAGGCACGAAGGGCACCAGCAGAAGGAACUUCCCUCUUGGGUCUUGCGCAAAGCCGUCUUAGGGAAGCGCAUAUGGUUUUGGAGAAAGAGCAAGAAUCAGUUGCCGGCAAAAAGCUAAACGAAAAAUUGCAGAUGGAAAUCUUCGAGUGCGAAAAACUAAUUUUAGCUCUUGCCUAUAAUCAAGAUCACGAAGCCAAUACAAAAUAAUUUUCUAGAUCGGCGAAAGUGGUACAAGUGAACAUUUUGAACACCGGAUGCUGUUAGGUGCUGUUAAAACAAAUCACACUUUGUUAAAAUCCAAUGAAGCGCCGUUCAAAAGAAAUUGUAAAACGAGACUAGGAAUCUUUUCAAAAUACACAUUUUUGUUGGGUUGCUUAUAAAAACUAUAAGAUAUAUAUAAAAUAAGAUUUUAAAAU